GCAAACAACAACUGACCAAAGCUUAUUUUUAGUGCACGGGGUCAGCGGUAAAGCGGGUCAUGACGCCGCCGUACGUUGGACUCAAAGUGUAACGUGCGCAGACGGGACGACAAACAGACACCGAGUCAGUCCGGUUAUUAAACCUGCUAACGGAGACACGCAUCAAUGAGAAAUCGUACCUUUGUUUCAAGAUAGCAGCUUGGAUAUUUAUCAAUGGAGGCGACAUAGUACACCGAGGACAGCCUAACCUCGGUGUUGUCGGAACAAGAUGAUAAAAAACUGGGGCGUCAUUGGCGGGAUAGCUGCUGCAAUUGCAGCUGGAGUAUACGUUCUGUGGGGCCCAAUUACAGAGAGAAAGAAGAGAAAGAGAGGUAUGGUUCCUGGGCUGCUGAACUUAGGCAACACCUGCUUCUUGAACUCUUUGCUUCAGGGUUUGGCAGCAUGUCCGUCCUUUGUCAGGUGGUUGGAGACUUUCUCGGGUUCGCCUGUGAUCCAGGCAUGCAAAGACAACCAGCUGUCUACGACACUGCUUCAGCUUCUCAAAGCUCUGUCCAGUGACGAGCCCGGGGAGGAAGAUGUGCUUGAUGCCGGCUGCCUCCUGGAUGUUCUCAGACUGUAUCGGUGGCACAUCAGUUCAUUUGAAGAGCAGGAUGCGCAUGAACUUUUUCAUGUUCUUACAUCCUCUUUGGAGGAGGAGCGGGAUCGUCAACCCAAAGUUGCUCACCUAUUUGACAUGCAGUCCCUCGAGAGCCUCCCUGAUCAAGAUGAGAAAACUAUGACCUGCAGAAGUCGAGCCCCCCUUCAUCCGAUACCAAGUCCUUGGAAGUGUCAUCAUCCUUUUCAUGGUCGUUUAACAAGCAAUAUGUCAUGCAAGCGCUGCGAACAACAAAGUCCAGUGCGGUACGACUCAUUUGAGAGCCUCUCCCUUUCCAUCCCUUUACCUCAGUGGGGUCGACCGAUCUCUCUAGAUCAGUGUCUUCAGCAUUUCAUCUCCUCAGAAACCAUCAAAGAAGUGGAGUGUGAAAACUGCACCAAGCUUCAACAGGGAAGCACAGUAAAUGGCCAAGUUCUAGAAAGCCAGAGGACAACUUUUGUUAAACAGCUAAAACUGGGAAAGCUCCCGCAGUGCCUCUGCAUCCAUUUACAAAGACUGACGUGGUCGGCUGAAGGAACCCCCAUCAAAAGACAGGAGCACGUGCAGUUCACAGAGUAUCUAUCGAUGGACCGUUACAAACACAAUGCCUCCACACAGCGAAGUCAGCGGAUCAAAUGUGCGCCGAACCCCAUAAAGGCAGAAAGUUCAGACGACUGCAUGGGGAAGCCCUCUGCUAACGGCACUGAAGCGGAGCAUCGUAAUAACAACAACAAACCUUUUUCCAACGGAACGUGUGCGUCUGUAUUUCUUCAGUCUCCUGGUGUGAACCCACAGUUCGGCCUUGCAUAUGACUACAGCUCUACAGAGUACCUUUUCCAGCUCACAGCUGUGCUGGUUCAUCACGGUGACAUGCACUCAGGACAUUUCGUCACGUACCGCCGCAGCCCUUCCUCACCUCGCACCUCUUCACCCUUCAGCUCCCAGUGGCUUUGGGUGUCGGACGACUCGGUACGAAAAGCCAGCCUGCACGAGGUGCUGUCUUCCAACGCUUACAUGCUCUUCUAUGAGAGAGUCCGAAGACUGAAUCUCGCUGUGCGCUCAGAGGAGUAACCAGAAGUUUACCACCUCACAGCCUGACUGAAAUCUGCCUUUCCGGUCAAACUGUCACACCUGUAUGUGCCAGUUACGACUUGGUUACCGACAGGUGGAUUACGACUUUGUGACGAUGAGACCAGAGAGGAAAGCCAUCCUACUGUAGAGUUACUGUCGGGAUGAUUCUGCGUCGUGGAUCACAGCAGCAUGCUAAAGGUCAUUGAAUGAGUUCAGACAAUAAUUCAGGAGUGGACACUUAGCCUGCUGCUUUGAUCCAGAGGAGGAGGCUCUCGAUCCCAAAGAUUAUGGACCUGCAGGAUUUUUCGUUAAAUAUCUUCAUGUAAACUACUUUGACACGUGUGACAAUUUCUGUCAUGUAACAUCCUGGCUUCAGUGGGACAAAAAAACAGAAACACCACACAAUAUGGUACACUCUGACGUAACAGCCCUGUAAAAAACUGUUCAUGUGUAACGCUUUUGUCAACUCAACUCUGUGGCAUUGUUAUGAUGCUGUAGUUAUUUAGUGUUAAAUUGGAACACGAUAAACGUUAAGGUGUUUCUGUUAUUUUGUCCUCUGCCUGCACAUUACAGACACAGAAAUAGCUGAUUAGGAAUUCUUGGAGAUGUUACUUUAAAGUUGUUACAUAUUAUAAAGUCCAAUAGGUAGAAUCUUCUCUUAACUCUGGUUCUCUAUCAUUUAAUUUGCCUAAUCGUUCCUCGCAGUGUUUGUAAAACUGUAUUGGAAUUAAUAUUUUAAUGACAUUGAAUUUGAUAUUUUUCUAUGUGUCCAGUAAUCCUUACACUGUCAUGAUUUGCAGAGUAGAGAUUAAAGUGCCAUGUUGUCUUCAACGUUCGAGAUUUUUAACACAUGAAGCCACGUGUGCUGCAACUGACGUGAACACACAAUAUGAUGCAUCAGAGCCGUCCGGCAUGGUGUUGAUGUAAAACAGUUGAACAGAUUACUAAUGAUCUGCUCUCAGUUAAUAAAGCCACAGUAUGGCUGCAGAUUAUUUGGGCAAGUUAUCCUGAAUAUUUUCAGUUCUGUGUAGCUGCCAUUCUGCUCCCACCAAACCAACUAAAUUGAGACAUGGCCUGGUGCAAAACUCCUCGUUAAUGUUUGCGAUUUGCACUAAUGUAUAUUCAUGUGAAAUUGUUUGUAUUUGUGUGCAAUCUGUAAAACUUGAUUGUUUUCAGGUAUUAAAAAAGAUAAAGAAAGAAAA